UUGCAAUAUUUGUGUAUUAAAAAAUCGAUAAAAUAAAAUUUAAACGAAAAGUGAGGAAAACAUUAAAUAACAAAUAAAAAAUAACGAUGAGUAUCUUAUACACUAUUAUAAUCUUAGCUCUAAUACAACUGCCAGCUAUCAAAACCAUGGAAAGCUCUAGCAACGUCAUCACAACUUUAUUGAAAGAAACACUAGAAGAAUUUCAUUACAAUGAAUUGCAAAUAUUAAACGAAAAAUUUUGUGAAAAAGUUAAAAUUUUAAGUGAAAAGCUACUAGAAGAUCAAAUUGUACAAUUGGCUGCCACCAAAGAAAUUAAUGAAUUUAAAAAUAACAUCACAGAUUUCUUAUAUCAUUACCCUUACUAUAUACGCUAUAAACUUUUCUCGGAAUUGGCUGAUUUGUUUAGAAGUCAUAUAACCGAUAUAGACAACAGCACUACCGAUUCGCUGUAUAUAAACCAGUUGUUAAACACCCAUGGUUAUAAUGAAAUAACUGAAAACUAUGACAAUAUAUUUAAGAAAUUUGUUCAAGAAAAAUUCCUACCGAAAUUUGAAGAGCUAACAUCACAACUUACCCCAGAAGAAUUGAAGAAAGAAAUAAACAUUCUAGACGUGAUCAAAGAUUUUAAAAAUUGCCAUAACUACGAUUGCUUUCACAAUUAUUUCAUAAGAUUUAUCUAUAAUCCCAAGCAGAGACUUAGCCUAUUUAAUCGCGGAAAACUUAUAUAUCUUAAUAUGUAUAUUCUAUGCCAAAAGUCUAAAAGAUAUUAUGCAGGCGAUAACAAAAGAUCAAAGAUUGCAACACCUUAGUCUGGAAGUCAAACAAAAUUUAACUGAAAAUAUUAAUCAACUCCU